GGGGGAGGAGCAUGUGUCGUCGGCCUAUCACUGAGUGGCUUUGCAGCGCUUGUCCUCUUGACUGGUAUUUUGUGCUCUGUGAGGGGGAGGUGUGUCUGAGGCGGCUGAAGGAUUGGCGGGAAAUGGAUAUCGACGAAGUGUUCGAAGAGUUGUAUAACUCUGUUGCACAAGAUGAAGAAAUCUAUGAAAUGGACAGUGUAUCUGGAGGCAGUUGGAAUUGUUCCACAGUAGACUAUAUUAUGGGCAGGCAAAAUAGUACCUCAUCACCUCAGAUAGCAUUGGAAAUGUUAACGCAGUUCUCGAAGCAUUCGAACACAGGAUUCAGAAGUUGUAAGAGCGAAAAUACAUCUAAAGACACAAAAGAGAACAUCUUGCUUGUUUGUAAAAGUAAAUAUGGAGAAGAUACAAAGUCUUCUUCCGAAACAUCACAUCAAGAAAAAUUGUGUGCAGUUGAAAUGCAAAAUUACUCUGAUUCUUACAGUACACGAUGCAGUGACAUUGAAUAUGGUUAUGAGACAGUUGAUGGCUAUGAAUCUGGUGUGACCAGGGAGCAAAGUGACAAACGAAACUUGUGCAAAGAAUGCAGAAAACUUUACAAGAGAGCCAGAAUCCUCAAACACACUAAAGAGGAAACUCCAAAAAAGCCAGCGUAUAGCCACUGGAGCAGUAAAUUCUGGAUGAUGAUGAACCGAGUUCCCACACAAAAAAGAAGUAACAUGAAGAAUCAACACAGAACUUUGAAUAGCGUUGUGAGGAAACUCAGAACCAGUAAACAAACUAUCAACCUUUCUUUGAGAUGUUGCAGGCUACAUUCAUUUCUUAAGAGAAGUCUUCGCUUAAGUACUACAGCAAAGAAACAAUUUCACAGUUUUAAUGGCAGACAAAAAAGAAAAAGACCAAGAUCUGCCCAGAGAUCCUUCCAGAAGUCCUCGUCGUGCAGCAUAGUAAAGAAAGAUACAAAAAAAAUCUAUUCGUUUGUAUUGGAUUCUAGUGAGGAAGAGGAUACAAUGCUUAAUGUGAAAAGAUAUAAGUGUUUAGAUGAGACUAAGGAAAGGAAUUGCUUGCAGAAACAGAGAGAAAAAUCUCCUUCUCCUUCCAUGGCAGAUAUUGUAGCACCUAUCAACGCUUGGCAGGAACAGAAUACUUCAGAGCAUGCAGCCAUGGACUCGCCAGCUACUCAAGAAGAAGGUCUUGGAACAUCUAGUCAGAGCUUUAAUAUUAAUCCUCUGGACAGCGACAACAGUUUUGAUGUAGCAAGCCCCCCUGUCUUUGCCCAUGUGCAGGAAGGAAGUUUUAAAGAGCUACUUCAGAGAAUGAACUUGGGAUACUUAAGAAGUGGUAUUGUUAGAGAGAAUCCAAUCUAACUUAUUUUAAACUUAUUUUCCAUUUGUGUUUGUAUUCAUGCUUGGGUCAAUGCUGAUGAACUAUUAACACAUUGGCAAAUGCCAGAUAGAUAAGCAGAAUUUUAACAGAGGGUGAACUUUAAUCCCUUGAAAGUGCUUUAUGGGAAUUUUGACAGUUCUAGUUCCUUCAGAUUAUUAAUUUUAAUUGUUUUAAAAUAUAUCUAAACUGGAAAAAAAAACUCAAUCUACCUGACAAAAGCAUGGUGUUUUAUCUGUCACCUAAAUUCUGUUUGUCCUUCUGUGCAGUGAUGGCUGGAAAAGAGAGAGAAAUAUUUUUUUGGUAACAAAACUGACUGGACUUUGCAUUGUGGCACUUUACAGACCAGAGUGUACUGGUUAAAUUAUCUGCAAAGCAAUCUCUGGGCCCAAAGCCAUAUCAACAGUGAGCAGGCUAAGCACUAAGCUGCCUCUCAACUAGGAACGGUAGAUACCAUUUUAAAAAUGUUACUGCAGAAGGGGUUAAUGCUGAGAGACGGAGUGCUGAUGGUUAGUGUUGCAUGCACUCUAUGCUCUCUGGCCAUUUGGUGUUUAGGGUGCUGGCUUUGCACACCUAGCAGCUGGGUUCUGGAGUAUCUAAGGCCUAGCCUACUAAUCUUAGCCGAGUUGCAGGGUUCUAAAUACACGGGGGAGAGUUCUGCUUUAUGGGGUGGUUCCUGAGUAUGUGCCAUGUCUACAUACCACCUGAGGUGCUUGAUACUGAAGACUUGGAGUGUUUAGCCCUUUGCUAGAGUCUGUGCCAUUCGCUGAGGCCUUCUAAGUGCUGUUGGUUUUGGAUGCAUCUAUGACACUAUCAUGGGGGCCAAAUGGCACAUUUUGAUAGUUGACUCUGAUCAUGGAAGCCAUAAGUUUACUUUCACACCUUCCCCAGCAGAAUCCUUGUCAGACCUGCCUGUGGCCUCUGGGCCCUCAGCUGCCAAGGUUGUCUGUGACUGAGUCUCCUAAGUCAUUAAACCUACAUUACAGGAUUCACAGCCUUUCUGCCAAUUCUCCGAAACUUAGAUAGUUGUGGCCAUCAUUGGUGCAGUGCGUACCACUUUAGAGCUUGAAGAUCAUCCUGCAGCUUCUGUCAAUGCUGUCCCCAGGGCUUUCAAGGCUGUUGAGACCUUUUUUUGGUGCACUUGCUGAUAUUGGUUUUCCUUUAUGGAAAAAUGUUUGACAUGUUUUUCCUUCUCGGAUAUCUGUCCACCUUAAACUUGUUUUGUGGAGUAUUUUGUUGACUCUUUGAUUACUUUUUAAAAUGGCAGUGUAAUGGCG